CCCUCUGGAGCUGGAUGAUAAAGUGCUGUGCUGCCUUCCAGCCGCUCAGUGUUGUCCCUGUCUGUGCUGCUGCCUCUCGCUGAGGGACCUGCGUCCUGAGCAGACACCACUGCGGGUAAAAAAUGGCAUUUCGGAAGGCAGUGAAAGGAACUGCUCUCAUUGGAGGAGGUGCCAUAGCAACAGUUUUUGGCCUCUCUCAAUUUUCUCAGUAUAGAAACAAACACGGUGCCUUGGUGCAGGUUCAGGCUGCAGAAGUUGUUCCAGUAAAGAACCAUCUCCCCACAAGAGAACAGCAGAUUUUGGCCCUGCAAACCAACAGUGAAUUUGAUGUCAUUGUCAUAGGAGGAGGAGCAACAGGCUGUGGCUGUGCUCUGGAUGCAGCCACCAGAGGACUAAAAACAGCCCUUCUAGAAAGAUAUGAUUUCUCAUCGGGGACCAGCAGCAGGAGCACUAAAUUGAUCCAUGGUGGAGUGAGGUACCUCCAGAAGGCCAUCAUGAAGUUGGAUUUCGAGCAGUACAGGAUGGUGAAGGAGGCGCUGGAGGAGCGCGCGCACCUGCUGCAGAGCGCCCCACACCUCUCCGCUCCGCUGCCCAUCAUGCUGCCCAUCUACAAGUGGUGGCAGCUGCCGUACUACUGGAUUGGGAUAAAGCUCUAUGACCUGGUGGCAGGAAGCCAGUGCCUGAAGAGCAGUUAUGUCCUCACCAAGUCGAGAGCCUUGGAGCUGUUCCCAAUGCUGCGCAAGGACAAGCUGGUUGGAGCUAUUGUCUACUACGAUGGACAGCACAACGACGCGCGCAUGAACCUGGCCAUCGCCCUCACGGCCGCGCGCUACGGCGCUGCCACCGCCAAUUACGCCGAGGUGCGGCGCCUGCUCAAGACCACCGACCCGGCCAGCGGGAAGCUUCGUGUGUGCGGGGUGCGCUGCAGGGACGUCCUGAGCGGGAAGGAAUUUGAUGUCAGAGCCAAGUGUGUUAUCAAUGCUACGGGACCUUUCACAGACUCCGUGCGCAAAAUGGAUGAUGAGGAAGUGCCCAACAUCUGUCAGCCCAGUGCAGGAGUGCACAUCGUGAUGCCUGGUUAUUACAGCCCUGACAACAUGGGGUUGCUGGACCCAGCCACCAGCGAUGGCAGAGUGAUUUUCUUCCUGCCCUGGGAGAAGAUGACGAUUGCAGGGACCACGGACAGCCCCACCGAUGUCACCUCCCACCCCAUCCCCACGGAGGAGGACAUCAACUUCAUCCUGAGCGAAGUGCGCCACUACCUGGGCGCCGACGUGGAAGUGAGGAGAGGAGACGUGCUGGCAGCGUGGAGCGGGAUCCGGCCCCUGGUCACAGACCCCAACUCCAAGGACACGCAGUCGAUCUCGCGCAACCACGUGGUGACCAUCAGCGACAGCGGCCUCGUCACCAUCGCAGGGGGGAAGUGGACAACCUACCGUGCCAUGGCGCGGGACACCAUCGAUGCAGCCAUUCAGGAGCACAACCUGAAGGCAGGAUCCAGUAAAACCAUGGGGCUGCAGCUGGAGGGGGCUCACGACUGGAGCCCCACACUCUACAUUAGGCUGGUCCAAGACUACGGACUUGAAAGCGAGGUGGCUCAGCACUUGGCUUCCACCUACGGGGACAAGGCUUUUGAGGUGGCCAAAAUAGCCCAGGUCACAGGGAAGAGGUGGCCAAUUGUUGGGAAACGUCUGGUGUCUGAAUUCCCUUACAUUGAAGCUGAGGUGGUGUACGGGGUGAAGGAGUACGCCCGCACCGCCGUGGACAUCAUCCGCCGCACCCGCCUGGCCUUCCUCAACGUGCAGGCGGCGGAGGAGGCCCUGCCCAGGAUCGUGGACAUCAUGGGCAAAGAACUCAACUGGAGCGAGCAGAAAAAGAAGGAAGAGCUUGAAACUGCGAGAAAAUUUCUCUAUUAUGAAAUGGGCUACAAAGUAAAAACAGAUCAAUUAACAGACAGCUCUGAAAUCAGCCUGGUGCCCUCAGAUAUUGAGAGGUACAAGAAGCGGUUCCACAUGUUUGACAAGGACAAGAAGGGCUUUAUCACCAUCCUGGACGUGCAGCGUGUCCUGCAGAGCAUCAGCGUGCAGAUCGCCGAGAACACGCUCCACGAGAUCCUCAACGAGGUGGAUCUCAACAAGAACGGGCAGGUGGAGCUCAACGAGUUCCUGCAGCUGAUGAGUGCCAUCCAGAAGGGCCACGUGUCGGGGAGCAGGCUGGCCGUGCUGAUGAAGAGCGCCGAGGAGAACCUGCGGCGCCGCGCCGCCAUCCCGGUGGACCGGAGCGGGGGCGGCGUCUGAGCCCACCCCCACCCCACGGCUGCCUGGAGCUGCUGAGAACAUUCCAGAGCUUCUGCCCUCCCCGCUGGCCCAGGUGCCCAGAGCUGUCCGUCGGCGUAGCUCUUCCACAAUGCGUCGGUGCGUUUGUCCGCGUCAUUAACGAUUUUCCUACUGCUCCGGUACGUGGCCUUCGGGUCGGGGGUUCUGCAGUCCCAGGGGUUUCUUAGCAAGAGUUCAGGAACACAGGCUGGGAGGGUUUGGGGGCGCACACAAGCACGUACUGCCUUGGUCAUUAACUUUUCACUUUAAUCUUUAAAGCAGAGGAUGCUCUAAGUGAAUCCUGCCAUUAAACGUGUUGAAUUCUCCAAAUACAGACCCAGUAUCUCAAAGCUGCUGCUGUGUCCUCAGCAAAAAGCAGGCGAGGGAGAGCUUGUUUUAGAUGGAGAUAAUGAUCCCAAAAGGAACAAAUCCGACACUUCCUGGGGUGGUGGUGAUGGUGGGGAGCUGUCCUGAGCCUUCCAGUAGGCUGGGUUUGCUCUCUUAUUCCAGUGGUGCCAAGACUUGGCCACACAAAAAUAUCAGCUGGAAAACAUCUUGAUGAAUCACCCCGAGGCAAUAAUUUGGCUAAAAGCUGAGGACAGCUUCCCUUUCUCCCAUAUUAACACAAAUAACUGCCUUUAAUAAAUGGGCAUUGUCUGGCAGGUGGUGUGCUUUGUGCUGUAAAAUAAAGGUAAAAGGUGCUUUAUGCUAAAAAGUGCUUUGAGUUUGGGACAAACCCUGAUGACAUGUAGGAUAGGGCAGGUUUUGGUAGCACAAUAGUCUUAAUUUAAAAAUGCUCAAACACAGAGUGAAAAAAACAAAGUUUGUCUUGCAUUCCACUAACUUUUCUAGAAAAAAGGGCUAUUUUUCAGCAGAUUAAUGGAAAAACCCAAACAAGGAACCCUCACUGGAGCUGUUUCCAGCACUGCUGUACCUGUCUAUUGCCUUCCUGCUGCUGGAUUUGGUCGAGAUCAGGUGGUAGAUUUCUGCCUGAUGUAGGACAAGGCAGGAAAACCUGGUUGAUUGCUGGAUUUGGCACCUGUUUUAUUCCUUGAGUAGAAAUAGCAAUUUCCACCUCAAAUCAAGCUUCACGUCCCAGGUGUCAGAAUUUCUGAUCAGUAAAAUCUGAUGUAUUUGACUGGUGUCACCACAUUCACUGAUGGAAAAUAGCAGGACAGGAGUGAGCAGCAAAGAUUCCUUGGGUAUUUUUAUAGGGAACAUGAUCCCAGACACAAAGGGAGGUGCUGAGGAGUGUGGGAUGUAGCACAGUGAGUACAAAUGUUUUGUUUUGCUGGAGAAGCGUAGUCCUUCAAAAAAUAUUAAAAUUCAAGUGCUGAAAAAUAGUAGAUACAAAAAAACUGGGGCAAGGCUCAUCUAAAAUGAGUUUUUAAAAUGGUUCAGAUGGUUUUUGCAUGUUAAAUUCAUUUUUUUGGUGCAGAUAUUGUUCAGGUUGUGGCUUUGUGCUUCGAGCCCUGUGCUGUGAGCAGGGACUGAGGGAGGAGUUGGCACAUCUGACACCACAAGGUUGUUUUAAUGAACAAAGGGUUUGUUCCUGUGGUCCUGUAAACUUUUCCUUUUGAACUGUGUUCUAGAAUAUUCAGGUGAAGGGGAAUGUUUGUCUCAGCUUUGUAUUUCCAAACCCACAGUAACAGAUUUCACAUAUCCUGCAGAACUGAGGGAAGUGAAUGUCUAACACACAGGUAAUUUUGGCUCAGUGAACAAGGGAAGGGGUUUGGGAUUCUACAGUUACCAAUAAUUAAAGGGGAAAAAAAAAAAGUAAAAGUCAUGAGACCUUUUCCAGGCCACGUUAAAAAAAAUAUUUCCAAUAUUGAACAGCUUUUAUAUGGUUUGAAGAGGAAUUCUCUUCCACUCCUCUCUAACUGGCUUUGUUAAAUUAAUUACCCUAGUUUACUUGUGUUGUACCCAAAGUAUGCUCCUUGUCUCUCUUGUUUUGCUAAUCUUGCACCUGGAAUGUGACUUUUGGAUACUCUUGUUUUGCUAAUCUUGCAUCUGGAAUGUCACUUUGGGAUUCUCCUGGCUAUGUGUCCUUGGACAUGGAUUUGCUUUGCGUCUCAGGCACUUUAUGUCACCCUCCUGCUCCCCUGUACAGCCCUGGAAUGACGGGGACAACUGCAUGUGUUCCUUCAGCAGCUGAAUCUGUACCUGAAGAAAUCUAAAGUAUUUAUUUCUGCCCUCACUCUGUCUGCAGGAAUGUUGGCUUUGUUGUUUAAGGUUAUUUUAAUGUGAAUGUACCGUGGGAAGAGUUGUACAAUGUCACUGCCUUACUGUGCUGAUCUGGGGUGGAAAAGCAGGAAUGGGAUUUUUUUUUUCUCCCUUUUUUUUUUUUUUUUGGAGGGAAGGGGUGAGAUGAGGCUUGAAUUUCUGGAUUUGCUGGGGUUAUUUUGUGUUUUAAAUAAACUGCACACCUGGGGGGAUCCAUGCAGUGUGUGUCGAUGUGUAUAAAUACGUGCACAGACACUCACUGCAGGUUUACACGUGGCACUUACGUCUGUUGUCAGGUUCCUGUUGCAGCCUGGGCUGUUCAAUGCUGUGUUUGAGGCUGGGUUGUCAUUUUUAUAACUGUCUUGGUGUUUUCCUGCCGUUAUUUAUUACCUUUGAUAUCUGGAAUGAGCCGCAUGCGUUUAUCGAGCAAUAAGAGGAUGUAUUUAAUGUGCCUUGUUUUUAACUGAGUAAGGACUGAGAGCAUGAAUCAAUAAAACUGGUUUAAAACGCU